AUGGCUUUGAGGGUCAAUUCAAUAACAGUCCAAUUCAAUAGGUUACCCCUCGGCAUAUCAUGGACUGGCCUACGCUUCAAGUCCACAGCUCCGAAUAAGGAGAAGAGGGAGAAGGAGUUAGCAGCGUCCGCAUUUCCAGAGCACCAUGGAGAGAAAAUAUGGAUAUACGGUCAUAUAUUAGACGGUAUGACGGUGCUCUCGCAUAGGCCCGUGCUCAAGGCGAACAAGGCGCUAAGACAACUUUCCUUCAACGGCAAGAAGCUCAAGCCCAGCAAAUUCCGACGCGACUACUGGCGGCCCUUUGCCAUGAUACAGUUCCCCGAGGGCUUCGGCGAAGUGGGGCGGAGCGUAUUCCAACGUAUGCGAGAGUGUAAGAAACUGCACGAGCUAUCGUGGAGCGACGACAUGUUUUACGACAAGGAGGGAAAACCUCUGACGAAGCACGAGCGGGGCUCGAAAAUCAACGACCAGAAGACGAACACGGUUGCCGACAUGGCUGCGGUGCUCGGGGGACUGGGGAAGGGCAAUCUGGUUUGGAUGACCGUGUCACAGGACCCAAACAUACUUGCCAACCUGGAAGCGGGAGAUGAGAAGAACCUCAAGAAGGACGAGGACGGCGUUGUUAAGGCCCUGGUAAAAGCUCAGGUCUGGUGGGCCGAUGAUAAAGACCGGAAUUUCGCGAAAAGCUGGUCUCCUAAUGUCACACACUACCGCUUCGAUCAAGCUGCUAUAGAGGAGAUGGGAGUGGAUACUAAAGCGCUCCCGGAGCAAGACUCGGAAUCAGGAGAAACAGCGAAAGAAGGCGAGGAUCAGGAAGGGACGGAUAAGAAGGUGACAGACCAGAAGUUAGUCGACCAAGAAGAGAUAGGCGGCCAGAAGAGGACAGAUCAAAAGGAGACAGGCCAAAAGAACUCUCUAUAA